AUGUCGUCUGGAUCCAAUAGUGCGCGGAAAAUCGCAGGGCUUCUGCGCCCGUCAACAUUUGAUGCCGCAAUUUGCAGAAGCUGUCAACAGACAAUCAGCCCCGGCCGGCGCAACUACGCCUCAGCAGCAUCGACAGUUGCCGGGUCCGACAUUCAAAAUGCAGAGAUCCCUCUUGCAUCCAGCUCCGAGGCGGUGACGCCCUCGUUCACGCUCAAAGCCGGCAUUGUGCUCUCGCGCCCUCCGCAAAUCACUCGCGACCUGACCCCGUUCGAGAAGGCGUUUUACUUUUACCAACGACGACUGAACGAGCGGUUAGCGCUCCCUUUUACCCGAUAUUUUUAUUUCAAGCGCGGAACGCCGGCGGACGAGGACUGGAAGAGAAAGUACAAGGACCGCACGACUGCGUCUCGCGACAUUGGCAAGUACAAUGCGUACACCAAGGAGGCGUGGAACGACGAGCUUCUGCUUGGCGCGGCCGAGUCGGAACCGACCCAUCAGACUGAGAUGCUGUUGCAGGAUGCAGAGGUGGUCACUACGACGUCGUCCGAGGGAAACACGACCAAGAAAGUGGACAUUCAGCGACCGUUGCCGAGAGUCACGGAAGCCGACCAGGCAAACGACCAAAAGAGUCUCGAUCGUCUUCUCCAGAGAACUUUGUACCUUCUCGUUCAGACGAAGGAGGGAUACUGGAAGUUUCCCAGCUCACACAUUGGGCUUGAAGAGAACUUGCGCGGCGCCGCUGAGCGCACCCUCUCCGAAUCCGCCGGUAUCAACAUGAACACCUGGUUUGUCGGCUUCCACCCGAUCGGACACCACGCGUACUCGUUCAAGGCACCGAAACCCGACGAAAAGAGCCAAGAACUGGUGGCCGGCGAAAAGACUUUUUUCAUCAAGGGCCGCAUCAUGGGCGGACAGGCGGAUCUUAGCAGCAACACGCUGGACAUCAAGGACUACAAAUGGCUUGCCAAGGAGGAGAUUUCCAAGUAUGUGCUGCCGCAGUACUAUAGCAGCGUGAAGAACAUGCUUGCAGAGCGGUGA